CCAAGAGAAGCAGCUUGAAACCAAAUAACUCCACCAGAAUGACCACCAGUCACACAGACUGUCAUUACUGCCUGCAGUCUCUUCGUGGAAGGAAGUAUGCAUUAAGAGAAGAAAACGCUUAUUGUGUUACAUGUUAUGACAGCCUGUUUGCCAACCCCUGUGAAGAGUGCAAGCAACCUAUUGAGUGUGAUUCCAAGGAUCUGGCCUACAAAGGCCGCCACUGGCAUGAGGGGUGCUUCAAGUGUGCCAAAUGCAGUCGCUCACUGGUGGAGAAACCGUUUGCUGCCAAGGACGAGCUCUUGCUGUGUACUGAAUGCUACUCUGAUGAGUAUUCUUCUAAGUGUUUCCACUGCCAGAAGACCAUUAUGCCUGGUUCGCGUAAAAUGGAAUUUAAGGGAAGUUCCUGGCAUGAAUCCUGUUUCGUUUGCCAGUAUUGCCGGCAACCAUUGGGAACAAAACCAUUGAUCACCAAAGACAAUGAGAAUUACUGCGUUCCCUGUUUUGAAAAGCAAUUUGCUCACUAUUGCUACUCUUGCAAAAAGGUAAUAACUUCUGGGGGAGUGACCUACCAUGACCAGCCUUGGCAUAAAGAAUGCUUUGUGUGUGCUGGAUGUAAAACCCAACUGUCUGGACAAAGAUUUAUUUCCAAAGAUGAAUAUCCAUACUGUGUAGACUGUUUCAGCAAAUUGUAUGCUAAGAAGUGUGCUGCUUGCAAGAAACCUAUUACAGCUCUUGGAGGUGCCAAAUUUGUCUCAUUUGAAGAGCGCCAGUGGCACGGGGAAUGCUUUAACUGUGCAAAAUGCUCUGUCUCACUGGUGGGCCAAAGAUUCCUCACUCGGCAGGAUGAUGUCCUUUGUCAUGAAUGUGGCCCUGCUUCAUAGUUCCUUGAAGAGCUGUACAGCUGCGUUAUUCUCGCUCUGUAACCAUGUACUUCAUUAUUCUGCAGUAGAAAAAUCAUCUAAAA